AUGGACCACUCAAUGUCCGAGUCUCAACCCAGAGCAAAACGCCGGAAGAUUGCUGUUGCCUGUGAUGAUUGUCGAGCAAGAAAAGUUCGCUGUGAUGGGAUACAACCGAUGUGCGGGCCAUGCAGCAAGAGGACCGACCAGGGGCUCCAAUGUGUCUAUACAGGGGAGUUAGAGAAAAAGCGACAAAGGCAAACUUAUAUAUCCCAGCUAGAAACUCGGAUUCAACAACUAGAAAGCCCACGACACUCAGACAAGGGUCCUGGAUCAGAAUGCACGCCGCAAACAAAUCUGCUAUCACCGACACCUGGUAAUCACCAGCCCGACACCCCUGGAAACUAUCGAAGCACCCACAGUCAGGCUGAUAUAUCCACGCCGGAGGUUCGAGACGGAGUGAACGCGAUGAUGGGUGCUGUAGAGGAAGAACGCCCCAAUCAAGGUUUCUUCGGAAGCUCUAGCGCAGCGGGGUUCAUGCGUCAAAUUAGAACCGCAGUCGACAGGAGAGUCGCAUCACCUCACCGAAGAUCUUCAGGUCCCCGUCUGGCUGUCCCUUCAAGCCUGAUGCCAACGCCAAGCGAAAGACAUCGGUCUUCAGUGGCAAACUAUGUGCUCCCCCCGCGGAAAAUGGCAGAUAGCCUCAUGGAGGUUUACUGGGAAUGUGUCUUCCCGUUAUAUCCAUUUCUUGUCCCCGCUGAGAUGAAAACCGAGUAUACCAAAAUAUGGACUGGUGCUAGCCUGGAGUAUGAUGAAAACAUGUUUAUGUGCACGCUGAAUGUCAUAUUCGCCCUGGCGAGUCAGUUGGCCGAUUUUGUCCCGCCAGAAGAGCGAGAAGUAUCAGCGGAUGCCUUUUUCUCCCGGGCGAAAGGCCUGUUUCAGUUCAACCUCUGGGAUACCGGAUCAGCAGGUUUGAUUCAGUGCUUACUUCUCAUGGCCCAGUAUCUGCAAAGUACCGAUUCUGCACAUCAGUGUUGGAUUGUCACCGGACUCGCGAUCCGUAACGCUCAAAGCUUGGGACUCCAUCUGCCCCAAAACAUUGCCCGCCUUCAGAGUUUCCAAGAGCAACAGCUGGCGCGCAAAAUAUGGCACGGUUGUAUUUUAAUGGAUCGGGUCAUCUCUAUGACAUUUGGUCGCCCUGCGAUGAUCUCAAAGGCUUCUAGUGGAGCGGUUCCCCUGCCAGCCGCCGUUGACGAUGAAUAUAUCCCAUCUGGGUCUAGCAAAGAGGUCUGCCAGCCUCCUGAUCGGCCUUCAAUGAUGGCGUUCUAUGCUAAGUCAUUGGAACUUUACGAGAUCAUGAACGAUGUGCUUCUUAGCCUUUACAAACCAGUUUCCGACGACAAUGCGGAAGACAUCCAUAACUUCCAUUUCGAUAAUGUUGCAAGCGAGGGAGAGCGGACUAUCUUUGAGCUCGACCGCUCCCUCACUCGAUGGACACGAAGCCUUCUCCCGCACUUGCGUUGGGAUUCCUCAACAGUGUCCACGAAUCCUAUAUUUUACCGGCAAAGUAUUGUGUUGCGUGCAAGAGUUCUACAUGUGCGGAUGCUUUUGUUUCGGCCAACUCUCUCUAAAUACUGUGCUUUUCGAGAUAAUGCCACAGCAGACCCGUUAAUCUCGACAGACGACUCCUUCCCCCAUCGUGUUGCGCUACAGUGCUCUAUCAUAUGUGUCAAAGCUGCUCAAGAAUCUAUCGAACUAAUCUACAAUAAUGUCCCUGCUGAUGGAACUGGUGGCCCCCUGCCGGCUUGGUGGUAUAACAUCCUUUGUUCGUAUAAACCUUGCACAGUGUUCUACUUCGCCAUUCUGACUUAUCCAGACGUUUAUACCUCUGCAACUGUCUUAAUUGCUGGCCGUCUGUGCUCUGCGAUCCUUGCCGAGGUCACAGAAAGCGCAAUCGCGCAAUCUUGGAACUAUGCACUGGAGGUUCUUCGAAAAUAUCAAAGUUAUAGCACAUCAGCUCGUCGCUGUGUGGCGGCCCUUGAAAUUCUUUAUGAACAGGUUACCUCUGAAGGUCUGCUGCCGAUCAACCACUUACCGAGUCAUGAGAUAGGGAACAACGCAGGUGUAGUGAAUGAUAUGUCCUUCGGCGAAGGAAUGAAUGCGGCUAUCUUGGAUAGCUUUGAGUUUCCUGAUUUUCAAGAUAUGUCAUGGUUGAACAGUGUUCCGAGCAGCUUUUCCUAG